AUGCAUUCAGCUUUGUAUUAUCUAAGAGUUGUGUAUUCGGUGGUAAUUUUAGUUAUUGCUGCCUUGUAUGGUGUCGUUGCAUCUAUGUUAUGUACUAUUUUGAACAAGUCUGAAUACUCUCAGUAUGUUUGUGCAAGAUUUUAUUACAGUGUAAUGAAAUAUUUCUUUGGUAUUGAUGUUAAGGUAAUAAAUGAACAUUAUCUAAGAAAUCUACCAUUCAUCGCUGUUUCAAACCAUCAAAGUACUCUAGAUAUUUUGAUGUUGGGUAAAUGUUUCCCUCCAGGUUGUACUAUCACUGCUAAAAAAUCUUUAAGUUAUAUUCCUGUUUUUGGUUGGUUUAUGAUUGCCAGUGGUACUUACUUCAUAGAGAGAACAAACAGAGAAAAAUCUGUGAAAACUUUGAACCGUGGUUUACAAGAUGUUAAAGACAAGAAAAGAGGUUUGUGGAUUUUCCCUGAAGGUACUAGAUCUUACACCACCGAUUUAACUAUGUUACCAUUUAAGAAAGGUGCUUUCCAUUUGGCUCAACAAGGUGGUAUUCCAAUUUUACCUAUCGUCGUUUCGAAUACAAGUACUUUGAUGUCUCCAAAAUGGGGGGUUUUCAAUAGAGGUUGCAUCACUGUAAAAGUCUUGGAACCUAUUCCAACUGAAAAUUUAAAACCUGAGGAUGUAAGUGAAUUCGCUGAAACAGUUAGAGAAAAAAUGAUUAAAGAAUUAAAAGAAAAUGUUGGUUACUCUGAUUACGUUAAUGAUACCAGCAUUCCUCCAGGAAUCGAAGAUAAAAAGACUAAUUGA